UCCCAUGCAUGCAUCAAUCUCAAUCUCUGUCUAGCUAGCAAUCCAUUCAAUAUAAUUAAUUAGCUCAUGCUGAAUGCUGAUGCAUGCAUAUAGGAUAGCAGCUUGAUCUGAGUAUAGAUCAGUAGUAGCAGCUGCUUGGCCAGCAGGACUAGCUAGUAAUAGGAUCUAUCAAGCUAAGAUCGAUCCAUAUAGGAUAGGUAGCUAGUAGCCAACAAUAUAAUAUAAUAAUGCCGCAGACGCCGUCGACCCGUUGGUGCCCGACUCCGGAGCAGCUGAUGAUCCUGGAGGAGAUGUACCGCAGCGGCGUGAGGACGCCCAACGCGGCGGAGAUCCAGCAGAUCACGGCGCACCUCGCCUACUAUGGCCGCAUCGAGGGCAAGAAUGUCUUCUACUGGUUCCAGAACCACAAGGCCCGCGAGCGUCAGCGCCUCCGCCGACGCCUCUGCGCGCGACACCAGCAGCAGUACGCGCAGCAGCAGCAGGCGGCCGGCGGCAGCAGCGCCGCCGCCGCCGCCGUGCAUCCGGCGGUGAUGCAGCUGCACCAUCACCACCACCACCACCCAUACGCAACCAGCUUCAUGCCCCACCCCAACCAGCAGCUGGGGCAGGGCUACCUGCAGGAGCCGCAGCAGCAGGUGGCGGCGCCCCUUCCAGUUCCGGCGGUGCUGAACCCAGCAGCUGCAGGGGGCAAGGCUACUGCCGCCGGUGGCUAUGGAGGAACAGCUGCUCCGACCCCGAUGAGCAAUCAUCAGCAGCAGCUGGAGGAGUGGGACGCCGCAGAGACCAUGGAGCACUGCAACGCCACCUGCGGCGCCGCAUCCGGCAGCUCCGACGAGGGUCUCCAGCCGCUGCCGCCAUGCUGCCGUCGCCCUCUCAAAACCCUGGACCUCUUCCCCACCAAGAGCACUGGCCUCAGGGACGAGUGCAGCAGCUCCAAAUCCUCCUCCUGCUCCACAUCCACCAACUAAACAAAAUUAAUUAUUUAGAUUCUCAUGUCUAGCUCUGAUGAUCUACUAGUGUGUUCCACUCGGUUUGCAAGGUUAAUUAUUGAUGGACCGCUUCCAUUAAUAAUAAUCCAUUGCUGUAUUAGCUACUAGCUGCUUUA